UGGUGCGCGUGUGAACUGUCAUCUCAAACACAUGUUUCUGUUUAAUCUGUGUUCGAUCCACCGCAGCUUGGACGUUUCGACACACCAGUUACUGUUUAACCAGUGUCGUGCACUGGAUGUCGAACUUGCUCCCAGGCAGUAAAACACUGCAGCGUCCGAUGUGGAAGUAAAGCGUUUGGAAUGGCGUCGCUACGCGCUGCUAAACAGGCGCUGAGGAGGGAAAUCAAGCGGCGUGUCGCCUUGUUGAGUGACGAGGAGAAGCAGCGUCAGUCCCUGGUGGUGUCGCAGAAGCUCUUCCAACACCCCAGGUAUCAGUCGUGCGAGCGGAUCGCCGUGUUCCUCAGCAUGGAGGAUGAGGUUCGCACCGAGGAGAUCAUCAAGGACGUGUUCAAGCUGGGCAAGAGCUGCUUCAUCCCCCGCUACGAGCGAGGCAGCAACCACAUGGACAUGCUGAAGCUGCACAGUCUGGAGGACAUGAGGUCCCUCCCCGUCACCUCCUGGAACAUCCAGCAACCUGCCGAGGACGACAGCAGCAGGGAGGAGGCGCUGGCUGCAGGAGGCCUGGACGUCAUCCUGAUGCCCGGCCUGGGCUUCGACCGCUCCGGGAAGCGGCUGGGCCGAGGGAAGGGCUUCUACGACACCUACCUGGAGCGCUGCAUGAGGCACCCCAGGGGGAAACCCUACACCAUCGCGCUGGCCUUUAAGGAGCAGCUCUGCCAGGACGUCCCAGUGGACGACAACGACGUCCUGAUCGAUGAAAUUCUCUACGAGGACCUUCAGUAGCCGCUGGGCAGCAUCAGCGGUUACCGAUUAUUACAGCCGAUAUGUUGGAUCACUGGUGCAACAUGAUGGUAUUUUGUUAAGAAAAAUAGUUCGGUUUGUAAGUGAAUUCUGCUGUGAAUCUCUUCUAUGUGAAGAAACAUUGUGUUUUCUUCCUUCUCAGUCUUUGGAAUUUUCUACUAUUUAAUUCUAGAAAAGUAUUUACUUUUUUUUAAUCAACCUCUGGUCAAUCGGUUCAAGAAUUCAUGCGCUUUUCUGUACUUGCACAGCUUUAGCUUCUUGAGCUUAGCUUUUAACUUCAUACCAUCUGUUUUAUUGAUGAAGCACAGGUCACACAACAUUUCAGAGUGAAACAGUUUACACCCACAGAACACAGUGAAGCAGAGAAACACUGGCAGAGAAACAGGAGCUACUCACAUGGUCAAAACAACCUUACCGUGUUCAGCGGUGGCUGGGUCCACAGGAAAGGGCCUCCUGAGCUUCUGUUUUUGGGGUCCCAUCAUGAAGUCUGUUGCAAUGGUCCAAGCCUGAUGUUGUAAAAUCACAACUCACCCGUGAAAUAA